AUGGUCCAACCGCUGCUUCACCGUGCAUGUGACACCCUUCCAAUCGCUGCUUUCGAGAUCAUUCAUCAGUCUGCCUAUCAGCCAGAUUUCUUUAUUACCUACUGUCGUCUUGCCAUAUUUCUGGAGCACUACUUCAUGAUCACUCAAUACCUACAGAGGAGAAGUUUGUUGGAAAACGAUAUACGAGUUUACAAAACUCUCUACGAAGGCAUUUGCGGAUUUCAGAAAAAGCUCGAUGAAAUCUGGAACAAAUCUCGAUGGAUUAGUCGGAUUGCGUCUGAAGCGAGGGAAAGGCGAAUCAAGUUUGGAUAUGACAGCAGCGAAAGCUCACAAAGAAUGGCGCUGGCGCUUAGCAAGUUCCUUACUCCUGUCGCUCAGCCAGUAUACGAAGGAUUCUUAGGAGAAGACGUUUAUGACAAGGACGAAAACUUCUCUAGCAAGCUACAAAAAGGAUCUCUCAAGUGCUCCGAAAAACAAGACGAACAAGAUUCUGCUGAUCUCAAUUGCCUGUACGAGCGAGGUACAAGAGAACACGACAACAUCAGGGAAAACAGUCCCAAUGGCUGGUCAUAUCAGGAAGAUCAGCCAUGCACAAAUGAAAUGAUAUCCGUUUAUACAGCGUACGAUUGUGAAUCACACAAUGCGACACCGAUCCAUCUUUCCAUUCAGCAGAACACCACUAGCACAGAGGUUCAAGUCCUUACCAGUUUCAUACUUCAAAGAACAUUUACGUCAAUUACACCGAUACCCUUAAAAACGGACAUUUUUUCAAUCUAA